CAGCGCUCACACACUCUUAGUCCCCAGGGCCAUCAGAGAGGAGGGUAGGUGUUUCUAUUGUACACACUUCUCCAGACACCACUACACCAGUGAUGUUAACUCCUUACCUGUCCUCACCUACUCAGUGCUGCUGGUGGUCGGGUCGUGUCUCACACAUGGAGUCCCGCUGGGUUCCUCACCGUGUCCUGCUUUUACUCAUCAUCAUCACCUUCAUCACAGUGUCUGCAAAAGCUGAAAUUACUGCAUGGGUGAAGUUUAAUCAGUCUGCUGCUCUGUCCUGUGGACACAAGUGUCCUGGUUGGGCCAAAUGGACCGUAUCCAGUAACCGAGAUGAUGUAGUGGCUGAGUGUAAUCAGACAUCCUGCACGUCAUUGAAGGAGGGGUUUAACAUGUCACAUGAUCAGUACCUGAAGGGAGAUCUCACCCUCACCAUCACUGCAGCUGAUCACAGUAUGAGGGGUUCAUACACGUGUCAGUGUGAUGGGACAGACGUUAAUGAUGUGCGUCUCAGGAUUGAGACUGUAAUAUCGAUUCUUCUUCUAAGCCCUGGUAAAGACCUUUGGCUGGAUUUGUACGUAUCAGAGCGAGUGAAGGUGAUCUUUAAGGGGAAAUUCUCAUCAGAUCCACAUGGUGUAGAGAUCUGCAGUGUGUAUGGAGGAUCACUGAACUGUACAGCUGAAUACACACUGAGAACAUCACUCACUAACACACUCCUGACACUGAGAGGAGUAAAGACGAGUGAUGGAGGAGUUUAUACUGUCAGAGACGCAGAGAAUAAUGAGGAUCUUCAUAUUUACUCAAUAUCAGUGAGAGAUAAGAAAGCGCUACCAAUUUGGGGAAAGCUCAUGACAGGGCUGCUGAUGCUGCUAUUGGUUGUUCCAGUGCUCGUGAUUUUCCUGUACAAGAGAGAAAACCCUCAACCUCACCAUAGGAGACCCGUGAACAGCAGUGAAGCAGAAAGAGAGACAAGACUGAAACUAAAAGGAACAAAUGGUGAUGGAAAGAAACUUCAACAGCAGCAAGAUGAACCUGAAACACCACAGGAAUGGACGACUCGCACGAAGACACACUGAAAUGUCCAGGGGCCUCAUUUAUAAAAGUGUGUACACAAGCUCUCAGGUGGGAACUGAGAUUCAUAAAGAAAUUCCUCACGUAUCUCAGCUGGACAGGACGAUACAGCACCCUCUAGUGGAGACAAAGCAGGGGCUCAGUGGAUCUGGGCCUUGACCUGCUGACCUUCUAAAGGACUUGAGCUGACCCAGAGCCUUAUCCCACCUGACCUACCACUAUAAGUGUGCAGGUGUGUGUGAAACGUUUUGUAAAACCCAGCUGUUUAUUUAUUGUUGUUACACAGUGUCCUUUUAUUGUCCACAUACACACACUUUCACCCUGGGAGACACAGAGUUUUAUAAAUGAAGCUCCUGAACCUGUAGAUUUAUACUUCACAACAUUAAAGGAACCCAUGAUCUGUCA